GCGGCUGUUUAGUGGUUUUCUUUUUUGCAUUCGCUGCUGUAGUACCUGUGUGAUCAUCACAGGCCGCCGUAGUUCCUGACCGAGGUGAGAAUGGCCGGCUGGAUGUUGCUCCGGUGCCUUUUCGGGCCCAAUCUACAGCGGAUCCACCGCUCACCGGACCAGACACGUACCGACGGCAGAACGCCCCGCAGGGGCUGGAAUUAUCAGCCCAGAGGUUUGGAGAGGCACUCAGAUAGCAUCCUCGGAUGGGCCUCAGUGCUGUGGUCUCUGUCCUACUACAGUUCUCCAUUGCUCCUCUGUUAUCUCUACAGGAAAGGUAAAACACAAAUACAGCAUCAUAUAACCGCCAAACUAAUUUUUUUUGUGCUAAAAUUAUAAUUCUAUUAUCCAAUACACCUAGUAAUAAAAAGCGUUUUAUUGAAACAAAGAUUUGCAAUCUUAUAUUUUCGUCUCUUUUACCUGUACGAAGAAUACAAUCAAAAUUAGAAAAAAGAGAGAGAAAGAAAGAAGAAAAAA